GCGCGCGCUUUCUGAAACACGCUUGCUGAUGAGAACUCAGCUACCUUCAGUACCGGUGAAUCCGUGUUAGUUUGAGCUAAUCGAACUCACCACAGCAAAACGAUUCGAGCAGUCUGGCUGAAGUGUGGUGAGAUACUGCCUUAUCGCGUGGUUCGCGGCCGUUCGUCCGGCGCAGAUUCCCCGGGGCACACAACGAGGGGUGUGUGUUUUGCCAUAAAACGACACGACGUGCGGGAACUCUCGGGGUGAGGAGGGGUUUCAGCAAAAUUCAGCUAGAAAAACGUGCAUCGUACGUCAAAGAGUGUGUGACUAGUGUUGGCUGGCUUGUGUGGACGUCGACGGCAUGAGUGAAAAUUUUUGACAGUCGCUUCGAAACCUCACUCCAGUCCUAGUCGAGACAAUUCCUUAGCAGGAGAUUCGCGGCCGUCCGUCGUCGUGAGUUGAAAGGUUUUUUUCCUCUGAGUUUUACCUUGACCAUAAGGGAAAAAAUCGGUGUGGAUUGCGGUUCAAUCCGGGUUUUUACGGUUCCAUGGUGGGUUUGGGAGAGCGAAAUAUAGGGGAAAAGUGCCUCGUGAGUGGCGAAAUCGAUCCAUUUUGGAUGGAAAAUGAUAAUAUCGCCCGCGGAGGAGGUGAUGAAAUAUUUGCAGUGUGAUUCAGACGGAAAAGGAGCAGAAGUGUGACCGAAAAUUGGUGGUACUGUGUGAAAAAUUGUGUUUUUUUGGAAGGUUUUCUGCUAAAUACUGGUCUCUAUCGAUGAGCUGAGACAAAUUAUUCGUGCUAGUGCUGCGGGUGUUUCGCGAAAGAAGCUCGAUGUAGUUCGGGGAAUGUGCGAAGUUUAGAAUUUCUGUGCCAGGGUACCAAAAAAACUAGAACACUGCAUGCCGCAGUCCCUUGAGAUCAUACAAAACACCAAAAGGGUUGGUUUUUGUGUGAUUGACAAGUGUUGAUUAAAGCGGCAGAAUCGUCUAAUCAAACCGGAUCCUUUGGAGCCUCUCCAUUUGGAAGCUUCAGGAUCUCAGCGAGAGCUGUUAGUGCGGAUUACCUCCUACUACAUUCGACUACAAGUCGUAUACCUACACUAAGUCUACAUAGAAUAAUUAACCUGACUGGAGAACAGAAGAGAGUUUCCUGUCAGACGGUUCGAUGAAUGAAUAAAUCUCACGACCAAACACUGUCCAACAGCGCGCUUUGAGCUUUUGCUUCUAUCGCAGAAAUAGUCGUCAUCAGCACAGUCUUCGUCUUUGUCGUGGUCGUUGUGCAAUACAAAUGCGUCUACCGUCGAUUCCGAGUACGUUCGUUAGCCACAUUUUCGUCAAGAGAUAGCAUAGAUACAUUGGCAAUCGAGUGUUCCGCUGAUUAACACUCCCAAAAGAAGCAGCAGUCGCCGUGAGUCUUAUCAUUGCUGCCAUCAUCAUUAUCAGUCGCCGAGAGCAGCUGUACAGUCACAAUUACUUCAGUCUGAUUGCCCGUACCAAGAUCACGAGAGCAAAGCCUCCCUGAUUCCCGUCUGAAAGUGACGACGGGAUUCGAUCCCCUCCAAAAUGCCCCUAGAAACCACCAAUCACCCACCGCCUCCUACAACCCCUCCCCCAACUGAUCCGCCCCCUUCACCACCCCCGCCAACCAUCAACAACAACAACAAACAGCUACCCCCGGAUCAAACCAACGGCUACCAGGAACUGUACAGCUCCAUGCGCAGCAACAAAUCUGUCAAAUCCAAAACCUCCGGCAACUCGAUGCGUUACGACCCUAGCAAGGAAAAACAACACCCGGAAGGCCUUUCGACCUUGAUCGAACUCCUCACCGAAACAUCCCAGGCCUCCACUCACGACAUCCUCAACGAUGGCGAAGAGGACCAGAUGUUCAUCACCGGAUACGAAAAAUCAACCCUCCGUAGCUGCUUCUGCUACCUAGGGUUCAUCUUGACCUUAGGAAUCCUGCGCCUCGUAAUGCACUGGUACCAACACUGGCUGCUCCUGGCAACGCAUCGCAAGUGCUCCCUCCAGUUGGCCCAGAAAGUCCUGGUCCACGAACGCUACCAGGGCAAGCACGAUGCGUACUACGUGAAGAAUGUUAUCACCAUGGAUGCCGACGCGAUUAAGGAAAUCACAUCCAAAACCAAGGGCCUGAGCACCAAUGGGCAGAACAUCGUCAAGGAGCUGGAACAGACUGGGAUCACCGAUCGGGUACAGUUCUUCAAGGAGUGCAGCCCGUUUCAGGUGGCAUUUCACCGGACUGGGGGAAAAUUUGAGCAUGUGACAUCGAUCCGCUACUUCAGCUGCAAGAAGUUGCGCUACAUCUGGAACCAGGAAACCAAUAAGUUCGUCAAGUUAAAGGGCUUGGAUGUAGAGGUGCCGAGCGUAGCCAUUCACCAGAAUAAGGGUCUUUCCGGUUACGAGCAGAAUAUAAGGCGAUUGGUUUAUGGGAGCAAUGAAAUUUUGAUACCUCUGAGGGGUGUUAUGACCUUGCUGUUUCUGGAGGUUCUGAAUCCAUUCUACGUGUUCCAGAUAUUUUCGGUUUGUUUGUGGUUUGCCUAUGAUUACUACUACUACGCCACGGUUAUCCUGCUGAUGAGUGGAUUUGGUAUUACCAUGUCCAUCAUUCAGACCCAGAAGAAUCAGAAGGCGCUGUAUUCGACGGUGAAGAGUAGCGAUACGGCGACGGUGCUGAGGGAAAGCUGCGAUUCGGAACAGACCGAAACGAGGCUGCUGGUUCCGGGGGAUGUGCUCGAAAUACCGGCCACCGGAUGUACCAUGCAGUGUGAUGCUGUGCUGAUUUCCGGUAACUGCAUUUUGGACGAAUCCAUGCUCACCGGGGAGAGUGUUCCGGUUACGAAAACUCCUCUGCCGUUGAAAAGGGAUCUGUUUUAUGAUAAAAAGGAGCAUGCGAGACAUACAUUGUUCUGUGGAACUAAGGUUAUCCAGACGCGUUACAUCGGUAGCGAAAAGGUCUUGGUCAAGGUCAUCAAUACCGGAAACAUCACAGCUAAGGGAGGACUGAUCCGAUCGAUUCUCUAUCCUCCUCCGGUGGAUUACAAAUUCGAGAAGGAUUCCUACAAGUUCAUCAUGGUUCUAGCGUUUUUGGCUGGUUGCGGGUUUUUGUAUACGGUGAUAACGAAAAUAAUGCGAGGUGUAACGGCUAUCAAGAUCAUCGUUGAGUCGUUGGAUUUGAUCACGAUUGCGGUGCCACCGGCUUUGCCAGCAGCCAUGACUGUGGGAAGGAUGUACGCACAGAAGCGACUCCAGAAGAAUAACAUCUAUUGCGUAUCUCCUCGUGCAAUCAACGUAUCCGGAAGUAUCGAUUGCGUGUGCUUCGACAAAACUGGGACGCUCACCGAAGAUGGUUUGGAUAUGUGGGGUGUUCUGCCGAAGGAUCCUACCAACCAUUUCCAGAUUCCACUGACCCAGAUUGGCCGGCUACCUAUUACUGAUCACUUGCUCGGGGGUAUGUUGACCUGUCACUCGAUCACCUUUGUGAAUGGAGAAAUGCGAGGCGAUCCGUUGGAUUUGAAGAUCUUCGAGUCUACCGGUUGGAUUCUGGAGGAAGCGAACGUAUCGGAUGAAACCAAGUAUGAUCUGUUGUUUCCAACGAUUGUGAAGCCUCCGCGGAAUGAUUCCAAGAAUAAUCUGAACCUGGAGUUGGAUGUAGCUUAUGAUAAUUCGAACGACAUCGGAAUAGUGCGGGAAUUUUCUUUUACCAGUGCCCUGCAACGGAUGUCGGUGAUCACCAGGAAACUGUCGGACAAUCAUUUCAACGUGUACGUGAAGGGAUCCCCGGAGAUGAUCAGCUCCCUUUGCAGGCCGGAGACUAUUCCGGAAGAUUUUUCCUCCAAGCUAGGGUUCUACGCUCAGCAAGGAUAUCGCAUCAUUGCCAUUGCCUACAAGAAGUUGGAGAAGAAGAUGAACUAUUCGAAGGUUCAGAAAGUGUCCCGCGAAAAAAUCGAAUGUGAUCUGGAGUUUCUGGGUUUUGUGAUAUUAGAAAAUCGAUUGAAAGCGGACACCGAGGAGGUUAUUGAGAGUUUGAACCAGGCAAACAUUAGGUGUAUCAUGGUGACCGGAGACAAUCUGUUGACGGCUGCAAGUGUCGCACAUGACUGCGGUAUGGUGAUGCCGGGACAAAGUUUGGUGACCUUGACGGCGCACACGGAUAAACUCAAUCCGAGCGGUUACUUCUUGAGCUAUGACGUUACCGGGCAGCCGCAGUUGACCCAAUCGGAUAUCAUAAACGAUAACAAGGUGAGCGACGAGAAGCAGAACGGAUCUUACACGAUGAUGACCCAGUCCAAUAGUAUUAGUAGCUGCGAGACAAUCGAUACCUGCACGCUGUCGACGCAGUUGAGUAGCUUUGAGAAGGAAGUGCAUCGGAUAACGAUCGAGGGUGGAAUCGAAAAGUCUAUUGCGACCGGAAGUGGUGGGUCGUUUAGGUUUGCGCUGACCGGGAAGACUUGGGCCAUUAUAAAGGAACACUUCCCGGAUUUGGUUCCGAAGAUUUUGACGUUCGGUACAGUAUUCGCUAGGAUGUCUCCGGAUCAGAAACAGCAUUUGAUCAGUGAUCUUCAGAGUUUGGGUUACUAUGUGGCAAUGUGUGGCGAUGGUGCUAAUGAUUGUGGCGCGUUGAAGGCAGCUCACACUGGAAUAUCGUUGUCGGAGGCCGAGAGUUCUGUAGCGUCUCCGUUCACAUCCAAGAGUCCGACUAUCGCAUGCGUACCCAAGGUUAUCAAGGAAGGACGAGCCGCUUUAGUGACUUCGUUCGGCAUUUUCAAAUAUAUGGCGGCCUACUCGCUGGUUCAAUUCGCCUCCGUCCUAAUCCUCUAUUCGAUCGACUCCAACUUGACCGAUAUCGAGUUCCUGUACAUAGAUCUUUUCAUCAUUUCCGUGACGGCGUUCUUCUUCGGCAAAACAUCCUCCUACGAUGGACCACUGGUCAAACAAGUGCCCUCAAACUCGCUUAUAUCGUUGAGCCCGCUUCUAUCGCUGGCUUUGCAUCUGAUCGUUGCCCUUUCGUUCCAAGUCGCCGCUUGGUAUCACAUCCACGCUCAGCCCUGGUUUGUACCCUUCAACUACACCGACGAACUGGAGCUGAACGAUCUUGGCUGCUACGAAAACUACGCCGUAUUUUCCGUCUCCUGUUACCAAUACAUCAUCUUAGCCAUAGUUUUCUCCAAAGGAGCUCCCUACCGCAAAUCGAUCAUUUCUAACUACGGAUUCCUGAUCAGUAUCAUCUUCAACACCCUGCUCUCGGUGCUACUGACCCUGUACCCACCGGUCUGGUUGCAGAGUCUCUUCCAACUAGUCAUUCCCCAGGAAGAUAUGGUAUUCCGCGCCUAUCUGGUGGGCUACGGGUUAGCCAACUUCGUCAUCGCUCUGUUCAUCGAGAAGUACAUCAUCGACGAGAUAGCGUUCAAGAAGCUACGCUACCGGUGGCACAACAUCGCCAAAUCCCGGCGCAAGUACUUACUGAUCGAGGCCAACUUCCGCCAGGAGGUGCAGCACCCGGACGACUUUAAAACCGUGCUCGGCUGGUCCAGCGAGAAGUACGAUUACUGACACUUCCUCCUCCAGCGGGCCACCACUUUGGCGAAGGGAUCUUCGUUCUACCGCGUGGUUCUUCUUCUAGCGCCAUUCAUUGCGGACCGAAGCUGUUCUCUCGUUUGGCUUGAACGAUUUCGGUAGCGACUUUCUCACAGUCGAACGUGAGAACCAGAGGAAAAGAUGAAGAAAGAUAGGAAACCAACAAGGGAUACAGCAUAACGGAUACGCUAUAAGCUAUAAGUUUCGCAUACACGGAGCUAACUGCCACUCUGAUACUUUCGAUUUCUUUUUGGGACGAGCUCAAACUGCACUUAGAGUCUAAGUUGUUUUCCGUUUUACAUGUAGUGUGUGUUUUAGCUCGUUGAUUGUGGUGUGUGCGUGUGCGUGUGCAUAUGUAAGUGCCAUAGUUGUAUUUCGUUCAAUUUUAAGGUCAAAAGAACGGAAGAUAUUUAAGCAAAAAAUUAAAAAUAAAACGACAAAAGUUGUACAGAAUUGUGAUAGCUAAACUGAGUACGAUUGAAACAGAAAACAGGAAAUUCGAAAGCGCUGUGCAGAAUCGAAAUCAAUGGAAGACAAUAAUCUAAAUUGGUGAGAAAAUCUUAAAUUUUGACGCAUGACUGCAAUUGGGAAAACUAUUCAAUGUUGAUUGUUUACAUAUUGGACAUUCCUAAGAAUCAGCCCCGAAGUCCCCCUAUCUGGAACAAUUCUAUUCUUCGCUUCUGCACACAGUAUCAAAAAUCGGUUGCGCCAUCGUGAAAUCAGUCAAAAAAAAUUAUAUGAAACUGGAAUAAGCUAACCUUUCCCAGUAGCUUCCUUGAAAAAAAAACACAUUAAAUACCAAAGACAAACGGUCAAAAUCUUCAAAAAGCAAACCCCAAAACUUCACGAUGGACGUUUUCUGUGACCUUUCAUUACCACAAAAAGAACAGAAGUCUUGAACAGAAACGCAGGACGUAAUAAGAAAUCGUGUUAUCGGACCAUUACAAUAUGCUUAUUAGCACACAAGAAGCACUCUUACUAGACACCCUUCUACACUGGAAGAAAAAUAUUACCAUAAAUCCACUUGUAUUAUCGCGUAGAGCAGUUGCGCAACACACCAACAUGAACAGAGCAAUUCGCAAUCAACACUGAGGGCCAUAAAAGUUUGAAAAUCAAUGAAAAAACUACAUUCUGUUGUUGAUAAAGAGUAAGUUUGAGAAGAAAAAUUAUCUUUCGUAUAGCGAUCGCAUUUUUACAAUAUUUUCAAAGAAAAAAAACCAUAAGGGAAAGCCUCAAUCUGUAGUUGUUUUAACUAGCGAAAUAUCAAUUCGAGGUUCUAGGCUAACGAAAUUGUAGCAUUUUGUGGGUAGCGAAGGAGAAACAACCAUAAAGGUUCAACUAUUUAAAGAGCGGAAUCAACCGAGGAGAUAUAGUUUUAGGAACACGAGACAGAAACCCCCUGGAAGCCGUUAAGUAUUGAGAACCUCUUAAUCUCAAAAACAGAAACAUAUAUACAUACAUUAAUUUAAAAUAGUGGAAAACAAAACAAUACUAUUGAAGAAGGAAAAAAAUGAAGGUAGAAAUUAGAUUUUUCGCAACGACAGACUUGUAUGGUGUUGGUCAGGAAUCAUUCAAAUUAUAAUCGGACGGUGGUUUGAUUUAACCUAUUAUACUUAAUGAGCGCGUAAUGAUGAUAAAUUUAAAAAAAAAACACACAAAAUCAACUUACUAUUGCUUUUCAAGCCUAAUUAUUUAGUAUAAUUCCAUGGAAUUAGUCAAAACCAGUACUACCUACUAUCGUGUUAAGGUCUAAUCUAAAUUGGCAAUCAAGAAAUGAUUUAAAGCGGAAGCAAAACUAGGAAACCAAAACUUAUUCAAUCAAAACUUUUACAUGUUUCGAGAAAGGAUUAAAUCUUAUUCAAUGUCUCCAAACUUUUCGACCAGCGUGUUAGCAAUUGCAAUUUCACUUUUCUAAAAAAAAGCUGUUUAACUCCAGUUAUUAAUAAAAAAAAAAACCCCCACUAUUUGCGUUGCAACCAUUCGGUUUAUUAGUCGUGUUUAAUUAUUGAAGUUCACUGAAUGUUUGCAACAAAGCAAAAAAAAUAGGAAAGGAUUUAGCUGUUCGAAACGAAAUGUUGGUAGGAAGAAGCUCGUUUGUUACGAGAAGAGAAAACAUAACACAAGAAUUGAUAUUUGCAUAGAGAGAAACUUUGAAAAACAAAUGUAAGAAAAAAAACAAUCGAAAGUUUCGCAGUCGAAUCAAUGCAACGGAAAAAAACAAGAAAAAUAAAAAGCUGUACAUACCGGGAAAUAUUUUAAAUGAAAUAAACGUUAUCAUUAUAUCACGAA